CCAAUUUCUUUUUUUUUUUUCUUUUUUUUUUUUUUUAAUUUCCUUUUUUUAACUUGAAUUUGUUCAUUAACAGCACAAAUAUUCGGAAUACGUUUCUGUUUUGAUAAUAAUCAUGGGUUUAGCUGAGCCGGAUCGUGGAGUUGCUAUCUUAAAGCUGCAAAGAGACAGUUGCUGAAGCGUAUGGUUUAGCUUUCUUAGCUUUUUUCUGUUUUGUGAAACAUGGGUGAAGCUAAUGAAGCUAGAAGCAAAGCAAUGGAAAAUCUUUCUCCGCGAAUAGACAAGUACCCAAGAGAUCUAUUGCAGAGAUUUGUGUGCAGCAGUACGCAGGAAUCCGAGCACGCGACACCCAGUGAAGUUUCAGAGGAGAUUGAGCUAAAUCUCGGGCUCUCACUGGGUGGUCGAUUCGGGGUAGACAGGAGCGCAAAGAAGCUAAUCCGGUCGUCGUCCGUAGCGGGAACAAUACCGGUGGUUCGAGACGACGAGUCGUUAACCCAGAGGCCUAUGUCGUACACGACACUCACGAGGACCUCCUCGCUUCCGACGGAGACAGAGGCGGCGUGGCGGAAGAGGAAGGAGUUACAGACAUUGCGGCGAAUGGUGGCGAAGCGAAGGCGGUGUGAGAAACAGAGAAGCUCCAAGGCAGAAAAAGAGGAAGAAAGGAAGGAAAUUCAAGGUCCAGCGGGAUUGAAUUUGCGAGAUAAGCAGCAGUUUGCAGUGGCCGAUAGGUUUGUUUCGAUGGUGGUGCCGCCUCUUGGUAUGCCCACUUUGGCUGCGGCGGAGAGGCAGGCGGUUCUGGGAGGAGUAGUCGAGGCGGUGGCGAAAGGGAAGUCUAGUUUCUUGGGAUUGCAGGGGUUUGGGCGACCGAGUUCUCAGGGGUCGGCGGAGUCGCAAGGCGGUAGCUCGACGGUGAUGUCGGAAUCGGAGAGUAAACCUCUUCAAGGAUCGGGCUGUUAUGGUGAAGCAAGAAGCCCUGCUAGUGAUCACUCCUUGCAAGAGCGAAUCAAUCAGGAGGCUUCAGUUUCUUCAGGAACAAAGAACAGUGAAAAUCCAUGCAGAACUUCGAGAGCGGAGAUGGAGAAUCUAUCAAAGAAACCCGAUCAUGCGGAAAAUAGAGGGAAGGAAAUUGGGAUGAAUGCAAUGGAAGAUAUGCCUUGUGUUUUCACAAAAGGAGAUGGUCCUAGUGGGAGAAGAAUAGAAGGCAUUCUAUACAGAUAUGGAAAGGGAGAGCAGGUGAGAAUAAUGUGUGUAUGCCAUGGAAGCUUUCACUCCCCAGCAGAGUUCGUCAAGCAUGCUGGUGGUGGUGAUGUCGCUCACCCACUUAAGCAUAUAGUUGUGAACCCUUCCUCUACUUCCUUUUUGUAACGUUGGGACCAAUACAAGACAAGAAAAUAUUUUUUUGUUUUUUUUUUUUUUGCUACCUUCUUCAAAGAGAACUUGUUCCAUAUUUACCUGCUGCUCAUGUUACUGAGAUUAUAAAUGCAGUCUUUUUUCACUCACGGGGGUGUUUUUUCCCCUCAUUUGUUUCAA